UUCAACACUAGGGGAAAGCGAAACCACAUUCAAAUAUUUGACUUCCCGGGCAACACUCCUCCAGUCUGUAGUUUUGAAUCUCUCACAACCUUCUCCAGGACCUCAAUGGCGACAUCGUCCGUACAAGCCCCAAUUCCAGGAAUGGAAUCAGUGAUAGCUACGGUGAGCGGCUACCACGGCUCACAACGCUUCAACCUUAUCAAACUCAUCUCUCACGCCGGCGGAUUCAAUGUCGGUUACUUGAAUAACUCCGUUACUCAUCUGAUUUGUUGGAAGUUUCAAGGCCCGAAAUACGAGCUUGCCAAAAAACUCAAAAUUAUUAUUGUGAAUCAUCGCUGGAUUGAAGAUUCUGUUAGGCAAGGCAGACGUCUUCCCGAGACUUCUUAUACUGCUCGCUGUGGGAAAGAAGUGGGCAGCCUACUGAUGGAGAUACCAGCUGUUCCUGAUAAAGUUAGUAAUUCAGUUGGUGGUCAAUCUAGUGCAGGCAAUGCCUCUGAUAAACACGUGAUUGAUAUUGAUUGUGAGGAUGCUGCUGCUGCUGCUGCUGCUGCUGUCUCUCUUGAUACUAUCUUUUCAAAGGAGAAUAUCUUUCCUGAUGUGGAAAGAAGAAUGGAAGGUUCUAAAUUGAGGAGAAGAUUGGUGAAUAAUAGUGCCAGUCAAAUUCACUCAUCUCAUGCUGCUCUUGACAAUGAAGCUCCUGUUUCUUGCUAUGAGAAUACGUUCCCUAAGAUGGAAAGAAGGCAAGUUUCUAAAUUGAAGAGAAGAUUAGUGAACAAAACUACAACUCGAAGUCACUCAUCUGGUGCUACUUGUGAUGAUGAAACUUCUUCUCGUUGCUAUUAUAAUGAGCCUGAAGAGUUGGAUUCUUCUUGUACUCGACAGCUAAGACAAAAGAAGAUUAGUAGUUACAUUGAACCAUUGCGGAAAGGUAGGAGAUUGGUGCGAAAGAAUGUAGUUAGCGAUGUUCUGGGUUCAGAAUCUGAAGAAGAGUGCUGCCUAGUACAUGUGCCCCAGAGGCAGGAUGACACCACAAAUCUCUCUAGCACUCCAUCAGCAUCCAGGGGAGCAACAACUUCUAUGAUUAAUGCUUCAGAUCAGCCAGCUACUCUUAUGAACUCCGUUGGAACAGAACCUGUAACCAAAUUAGCUAAAUCAACUGAUUUUUUUAAUGGAGCAUCAACUUCAGCGCUUUAUGCCUCACAUCAGAUAGCUACACCGAAGGAUGCCAGGGCAACAGAAACAGUUAUCGGAUCAGCUGAAUCAACUGAUUUGUCUAAUGGAGCAUCAGCUUCGCUAAUUUAUGCAUCUCCAGAUCUGUUAGCUACUCCAAAGGAUUACAGUGAAGCAGAACAAGUUACCAGAUUAAAUAAAUCAACUGAUUUGUCAUGUGUUAUCUGUUGGACAAGUUUCAGUUCGACUAGGGGGGUUCUGCCAUGUGGACAUCGGUUUUGUUUUUCAUGCAUCCAGAACUGGGCUGAUUAUAUGUCUUCAAGCAGCAAGAUUUCAACAUGUCCUUUAUGCAAGGCCAGCUUUGACAACAUUACAAAGGUGGAUGAUGCAGUUUCUUCUGAUCAGAAGAUAUAUUCACAAACCAUUCCAGACGACCCUUCAGUAAAUAUUUACGUUCUUCCCACGCACGAAUCUCCUCUCAGAAAUGCUUUGUCUGCAGCACCUGUUUGUGGCCGAUGCUCUUUUCGGGAACCUGAGGAUAUGCUCAUCAGAUGUCAUCUCUGCCACACUAGAUGUGUUCAUUCCUAUUGCCUGGACCCAUAUAUGCUUCCAUGGACAUGUAGUCACUGUAAGGAUCUUCGAAUGCUUUAUCAUUAGUUGGCUACAGCUCAGGCGAAGUUUCUCCCUUGCCAAUAUGCAAAUACGUGUCAUGAUUUAUCUACUACCAGGUGCAAAUCACCUAGUCAUCAUUCCCUCUGUUUUCAUCGUCUACUGGUCGAUAACCAUAAUUUAAGUUUGCUAGCAUAUGUUAAAGAUGAUUGUCUGUAGUGUACUGCCAACCUUCAUACUCUAUAAUUGGUAGUAGAAAAGAAGGGAAAACAUGUAUGUAAUUUUCCUCCAUGGUUAGUUCCCGAAUUUGUCCAACAA